GCUCUCAGAGGCUCUCAGCAUCUGCCUGUUUCUGCACUGGUACGAGAAACAUUACGUUCCUUUCAUUGGAGCAUUGAACACAUUGUGGGAAGAACGGAGGCAGACAUGUCUACAUCAGGAGAAGGACCAGUGACCAGGUCCAGGACUAGGACCAGUGUCCCCAGAGACAUCUUAUUAUUGUCACUGGGGAUCUAGUCAAUGGACUAUGCAGGGUCAUUCAGCUAACCCUAAUGCAGAUUACACAAGCAGGUAAGUGACUGCAGGCAUCACUGUCUGUAAUGGGAACACAGGUGUCUUUACUACGGACUUUAAAAUUAGGUGAGAGAAAGCCAACCGUGGCUUUUGGCAAACCUGGGCAAAAGGCCACUAAGAUGAGAAAGGGACUGGAGCACAUGAUGUACAAAGAGAGUCUGAGAGAGCUCUGAUCAUUUUUGCUGGAGAAGAGCAGGCUCAGGGGGUGUCUUGUUAAAGUGUAUAAAUAUCUGAUUGAAGAUAGGUGGGGUAAAGAAGAUAAGCCAGACUCUUCUCUCUGGAAACCAGUGAUAGGAAGAGACACAAUGGGCACAUAUUUAAAUACGGGAAAUUAGAAUGAAAGAAAUGGUGGUGAAACACUGGAACAGGUUGCCCAGAGAGGUUGUGGAGUCUCUGUCCUUGGACAAAGUCAAAAGCCAAGAGGACAUGGGUCUGAGUAACCUGCUCUAGGUGACUCUGCUUUGAGCAGGAUAGUUGGACAAAUGAUCUUUAGAGGUGCCUUCCAACCCCAACCCUUCUGUGAUUCUGUGACUAGAUUAGGCUUGACCUGAGGUCUGGAGAGUUCCAUCAAUGAAAGGGCUGGCAAUAGUGUAAGGUGCUUUCCAAAGGACUUCCCCUGUGUUGGCAACUUAUGAGUCUAUCUGUAGUGCUGCAGUGCUUGGAAGGAUUUGGGGAGGGGAGAGGGGUCUGGGAAGCUACAGACCAAUAGGCCUGAUGUUCGUUGCAGGCAACUGGGUAGAAACUGCAGUAAACCCUACACUUAAUGGCUGUAUGGAUACUGUAUGUAUUUUAUGAAUACAUCAAUGUGUCUUCUGUAAGGGAAGGUCAGCCACCAUCGAGCACAGGGACAAGGGGGAACUCUGUCAUAAAAUGAGGGAUACCUGAAUUUGUCAAAGUCAUUUAAUGAAGUAUCCGACAUAAGAGGGAGUAUUCCCAAAUUAACAAGUAAAUUAAUUGCUUAAGAGAGUGUGUAUUCAAAGCAACAUUCAGAACUGAAGUCUAGGGUGGGAGGAGGUAGCUCUAUGAAGCUCUCAGCUCAGUUCUCGUGGCAGCCACCCAAGCAGCAUGAGCACUGGGAAUUCAUAGCAAAAGAGUAGAAAACAAGACAGCAACCAGUUUCCUGCUGUAGUAUAAAGCUUAAUGUGUAGUGAUAACAAUUUUUUUUCUUUUUUUUUCCUGAUUAAUUUCUAAUUAGAUGGGUUCUUCACAGCACAGCUGUAUAAUGCUUAUCAGCCACUGCAUUAGCUGAACAUAUGAUGUCACAUCCUCCUUGAUCUGCUUGUUUUCUCCAACGGUUCAGACUCCAUUUUUCACCAUUUCCUUUCAGAAAAAGGAAGCACCAGAUCAUGUAGUUAUAGGCAAGCUCAGAGAUGCUAAUCUCUCGAAAAUCUUGUCCAGCUGAGCAGUGACUUCUGUGGUAUCUUGAAAGCAGGGGCAGAUCACCAUGGUUGUUUUGGGAGAGCAGGCUCUGAUGGGAGCAAGAAUAUCCAGGAUGCCCAGCUGUCUGCUAAAACUGACCAGGGUGGUGCUGAGCCACAAGCUCAGGGCUAUAUUUAUCCUCACCAUUUCAUCUGUGUUCUUUGCCUCUGUCAUGUUCUACUGGAGAACUUGGAAGGAUAUUGGGGGCCCGCUUUACAGCUUGUCUACACAAAGCAAUUGUGAACAGUCUUUGCCUUGCCUUAUCUGUCCCGCUGCCAGUGGGCCUCCUUCUUCCCCAGGGGAUGUGUUUUUUGUGGAGACCUCAGAGCGAACUAACCCAAGUUACCUGUUCAUGUGCUCUGUGGAGUCAGCAGCCCGGACGCACCCUGGGACAAGGGUCGUGGUGCUCAUGAAAGGUUUGGCAAACGGUAAUGCCUCGUUACCCAGCCACUGGGGCUUCUCGCUGCUGAGCUGCUUCCCCAACGUGGAAGUCCGGCCCCUGGAUUUGACAGAGCUUUUUUCUGGAACACCUCUGGCACAGUGGUACUUGCAGGCUCAGCAGCGCCGGGAGCCUUAUUUCUUACCUGUCUUGUCUGACGCCUGCAGAAUUGCCAUCAUGUGGAAAUUUGGUGGCAUCUACCUGGACACAGACUUCAUCGUGCUCAAGAACUUAAAGAACCUCACCAAUGCCCUUGGUAUCCAGUCUCAGGGUGUACUGAACGGGGCCUUUCUGUCCUUUAAGCCUAAACACAAGUUCAUGGAGCUUUGCAUGAAGGACUUUGUGGAGAACUACAAUGGUUGGAUCUGGGCACACCAGGGCCCACAUCUCCUAACGCGUGUCUUCAAGAAGUGGUGCUCCAUCAGUAAUAUCCAGAACGCUAUGAGCUGCAAAGGUUUGGGUCGGAUUGUGACAUACCCAAUAUGGCUAAUCUACACCAAUAUCCUGAGGAUUUUCUGGAAUCCCCGUCCUGCGAUUACUCUGAAGGAUCCUGAAGUGAAGUAUGCAUUGAGGCUGAUUGAUAAGGAGGAAGUUAGUCAUGACACAAGAAGAUUUCGAUUUGCUCUCCCUUCCAUAGAUCACGUUCUGGGUCUCCCUGUAGGACAGCACAUCUACCUGUCUGCACGGAUUGAUGGAGCUCUGGUUGUUAGACCUUACACUCCAGUUUCUAGUGAUGAUGACAAGGGCUUUGUGGAUCUUGUAGUCAAGAUCUACUUUAAAGGUGUCCAUCCGAAGUUUCCUGAUGGAGGGAAGAUGUCUCAGUACUUAGACAGCCUGAAAAUAGGGGAUACUAUUGACUUCAGAGGACCAAGUGGCCUACUUGUCUACGAAGGAAGAGGCAAGUUUGCUAUUCGGCCUGAAAAGAAAGCUGAACCAAUUACCAAGAAAGUGAAAUAUGUGGGGAUAAUUGCAGGUGGGACUGGGAUAACACCUAUGCUGCAGAUCAUUCGAGCAAUCAUAAAAGACAAAGAUGACCCUACCACUUGUCAGCUGCUGUUUGCUAAUCAGACAGAGAAGGAUAUCCUGUUACGUUCUGAGCUAGAGGAGAUCCAGGUUCAGAAUCCCGGUCGCUUUAAGUGUUGGUACACACUGGACAGAGCACCUGAAAGUUGGGAUUACAGCCAAGGUUUUGUGAACCAAGAGAUGAUCAGAGACCACCUGCCCCCACCUCAAAACGAUGUUCUGAUCCUUAUGUGUGGACCUCCUCCAAUGAUCCAGUAUGCUUGCAUUCCCAACCUGGACAAACUGGGCUACACCAAGGAGAUGAGAUUCUCCUUCUAAAGAUGACUGAUGAUUUGGUGAUCUUAUGUAGAAAGGAAGAAAAAAACAUUUAAAGGGGAAGAGGACAGAGUUAGAGAUGGCUGAUGCACAGUGCUGGGAAGCUACAUUUACAUAAAAAUGUUUCAUUUUUUCUCAACCUCUGGCAAGUAAGACAUCUAAGCUCAACUGUACUAAAAUUGUACUGUAUGUUGCACAAACAACUGUACUGUGGAAAGGUGGUGAUGCCUAGUGCUUGGCUAUAUUGUAUGCUUCAUCUCAAGGGAGGACAGUAUAGCUGCUUAGGGCAGAAAACACUCACAGUUUUUCUUAGCCCUGUAAUCAAGUGGCAGUAAUAUCCUAUUUCCUAACACUGUGCAUACCCAGUAUUUUUUUUUUUUUGGUAUGAAGUAUGAAAAUACAUAGAACGUACUGGAUUAUUCACCUUGCUUAUGCCAAAUUUGAAUCCUACAGAGUUCUUACCGUAUGAGGGCCAGGAGUAUUUGCCUUGUAUGCAUAAUCUUUGCAACAUCAGAAGCUUAAAGAUGCUUGUUCAGUUGAAGGAUGACAGUUAAUCAUUUAUGACUGAAGUAGAUGAAACUGUCUUGUUAGUCAAAACAGAAGUAGACAGCAAUACAAAAUUUGUUUCCUCUGUACUUUGGAAUAGCUGCUCUUGAAUGCAAACAGUUUUCUAGCUGGUUACACUUCUUGUCCUUGGGCAAUGAAAGAAACUGCAGAAAGCCGGUGGCUUUGUGCACUGUUCCACAAAUAGCUGGAAUGUUUUGCUUUUAUGUGUGUGGAAUACAGAAAAAAAAAUACUAACUUCUGUAUUUACUUUUAAAUAGCGGAUGGUGCCAUAGGAGUACAAAGGCAAUUGUUCCACAUGUCCUGUGCAGUGAUAAAAAAUGCUGGGUGAAAGCUGGAUCUAGUUUUAGUUUCUUGUUUCCCAGAGAUGGAUUUGGAACAAAGGGAGCUCGGGUUUCAUUGCCAGGGUGGGUUUCAGCAGGUAGCCUGGCUUCGGAUGGGCUGUGCCUGCAGGCAGGGCACUCGCCUGAGUGUCUUGCUCAGGCAAAUCUCCAAAGAGUUUUGCUUGGUAAGGAUGUGUGGGAACAGCCUUAAGUCACCAAACUGACAGCAAAUUCAGAUGUCUCACUGAAUCUAAAACUCAGAUGCUGUUUACUAUAGCUCUGACUUUUUUUUUUUUUUUUUUUUUUUAAUAUACUACUUUUUACAGCAGCCUUCUACCUAGCCUUUAGUAAACUUAAGGCAUCUUGCGUGCCGGACCUUCUGCUUCUAAAGAACAGAGGUGCUGCUGAGAUGAGAGCUGUCCUGCAAGGAAUCUAUGAAACUAAAAAUCUUGUUCUGGUAAUGAAAUUAGAGUUAACCGAAAGGAUGCUUAGUCAUGUAUGAAGUAAUGUGGAUGCUACUUAGCUACAGGUGUCAGUGUGUAAUACCACUUUAAAAAAGAUUCGAGUAGAUACUUGAGGUUAUAGCUUGCCAUGUUUUCUUUUGUGCCUGUAAAACAGAUGGGUACUGUGCACUUAAAAGAUUAAUUUUCAGCAUGAAUUAAAAGGAGAAAAAGAUACUACAGUUAAUUUAAGGAACCUCAAAUGGAUAAUGCUGUUGUUAAUUUUAUUAAUUAGAUGCUUGCCUCUGAAGUAAUGAAUUUUUGAUGUGUGCUUCUGAGACUUCUUCUUUAAUACUAUGAUCCAAAGUUCAAAUAAUACUUGAGUAAGUUUCAGUCCUCUUUUUAGGAGGCAAAAAGCAGAAAUAUGAGAGGAGUGAUCUUGCUGCUGGUUUAUGUUACUGUGGGAUAUGCAGAUUUUUUUUCAUUAUUGUAUUUAAUGAAAUUUUCAUGUAAACAAACCAACUCUAGCUGGUUAUGCAUCGACUAUUUUGUAUUACUUUGCUUAUUAAAUUACUGGCUUUUUUCACAUUUGUGUAAGAAAUAAAGUGUCUUGCAGGUGAA